AUGAAAAGAGUGGGUGAGGGAGAAUCACAACAAGAUUUGAAGAAAGUUAAACUAGAAGAAACUGACCGAAAGUUGGUGUCCAAAUAUGAAGAAGCAGAAAUUGAAAAAUUGAUAAAUUGGAAUGAGCAAUUAUUGGAAAAUAUCAAAAAUAAGAAGCAAGAAAUUAAAAUUCAUUCCGAUUUAUUUGAUCAAUUGAUUAAUGACAUUUCCAUAAUGACAGCUAAGCAUCCAUUCACUAGAUUUUAUAUUUUUUAUUUAAAUCGCCAAGAAGAUUUGGACAAUGCAUGGGAAUGGUGUGUGAAAUCGAUGGAAAAUAAUCAUUUGAAUGCAAUCUUGAAGAUUGGCUCCUUGUAUUCUUCAGACAGUGAUUACAAAAAUUCUAUGAAAUGGUAUUCGAAAGCUGCUGAAUUAAAUAGUGCAGAGUCUCAAUAUUGUAUUGGAAAUUUGUUUGCAAAGGGAAAGGGAGUUAAAAAAGAUUAUUCGAAAGCUUUAGAAUGGUAUAUGAAAGCUGCUCAACAAGAUCAUCCAGCUUCUCUAUGUGCUAUUGGAAACUUUUAUAUGAAAGUUAACUAUGAUACUGCAAAAGCAGUGGAAUACUAUUCGAAAGCUGCUGAAUUGAAUUGCGUCAAUGCCUUAAUAGAAUUUUUGAAAUUGUCAAUGAUUUUUUCACAGAAGAAGAGAAAUUGA